UCAGUACACUUCAGUAUGUCGUCCCUUAUAAAUCAGUAUUUUUACUCUGACUUUGUGUGUACAGGUGUGCCUACCUGCAGUACUUUCUUUGUGUACUGUAAGAGCUGUCGGUCGAUACAACCAGGAAAGCUGAGAGUUCGUUGCAGAAGCUGCAGACAAACGACGCUGACACUCAGCAGAGGUCCGUCCUGCUGGGACGAUGUCCUCCUCCCAGGUCGUGUCCAUGGCUUGUGCCAAUCAGACGGUUGUCACGGCAAUGAAGCGGAGUUCUACAUGAAGUGUGCGUCCCAUCCGACCUCAGAGGAUGAGCUCUCUGUGGCCCUCGACCUCAUUAUAACAAACAGUAGAGACGUCCCCUGUAUCGCCUGCUGCGACAUCACGGACGUGGUCCUGGUCUUCCAGUGUUCAGAGCGUCAUGUGAUCUGUCUCGACUGUUUCCAUCGCUAUUGUCAGACUCGUCUCAGUGAGAGACAGUUUGUUUCUCAUCCUGUGAUUGGAUACUCGCUGCCAUGUGCUGCCGGCUGCAUCGACUCUCUCAUUAAAGAGUUGCAUCAUUUCCGGAUUUUGGGAGAGGAUCAGUAUGGGCGGUACCAGCAGUACGGGGCGGAGGAGUGCCUACUAAUGAACGGAGGACUGAUGUGUCCGUCACCUGGCUGCGGGGCGGGGCUUAUCCCACCUGACGGCACCAGCAGGGUGCAGUGUGAAAGACAGCUGGGCUGUGGCUUCGUCUUCUGCAAAUACUGCAGAGAGGCAUACCAUGAGGGGGCGUGUCUCACUGAACGGGCCCCGCCCACAGCUGAAGCGUCUCAGGGAUUUAUGGUGGAGGAUGAGGCGUCUCUCAGAGGGAGGUGGGAUCGAGCCUCUUUGCUUCUCCUGCAGGAGUCGACUAAACGCUGUCCUCAGUGUUCAGUUCCUGUUGAGCGAGACGGCGGCUGCAUGCACAUGCAGUGUCCUCUGUGCCGAGCCGAUUGGUGCUGGCUCUGUGGCGUCUCCUGGAACAGAGACUGUAUGGGGAACCACUGGUUCGGAUAGAACAAACUAUGGGGAACCACUGGUUCCAAUAGAACGCUUCCUCUUCAAAGACAUUCGGGCAACUGGGAAUCAAACCACCAACAUCUCUUGUCUUCUCUCCAGAUGUUUUAGUUGUAUAAAGUCUUAUAUAACGUGUCUAAAGCAUCAAUGAUCAUAUCAGAAAUAUACUAGACUAUAUCAGACUUGAAAGGUUUAAGAUUAACAUGUUUCCUGUUCAUUCUCCGUCUGUCUAAUUAAAAAUAUCUAUUUAUUCCAAUAUAUA